AAUUAAUUUACUCUUCUGAGCAUAUUCAGACUACCACUCACAGCAAGUGGUUACACAUCCAUUUCAUUGUAAAGGAAGAAUGAACUCAGCUGGACGGGUGGAUUCUUGUACAGGUUUAUAUAUUGUCAGGACACAAUCUUUCAAACUUCAUUAAUUUUCCGCUGUUAUACUGAGCCAACUAGUGCGUACUAUAUAAAAAUCCAUCCCGGCAUAUAUAUACUGAGCCAACUAGUUUCGAUGUUUGUUAAUUCUAGCCAGCAAUCGAUGAGUUCAUCAACAGGUGAAAUUACUGAGGAGGAAGCUGGUGUCUGUUCCUCUUUCAGGAUCACAAUCCCCGGUCAGGAAGGAUCCUCUUUGGUUGUGUCCCGCAAAAUGCACAGAGUGCCCCCACAAAUGCGUCUGAACAACCGGACCUCAAACUUUUAUGAUCCCGUAAUUGUUUCAUACGGCCCUUACCAUCAUGGCAAAGACCAACGCCAGGCUGAGGACUUGAAGCGUCAAGCCCUGGACCUGCUCUUUUCAGAGACUGGCAAAAACAAAGCCUUCUUCAUGGCAUAUAUUCUGAGGCGGAUUGAUCGUAUCCGGGAUUGCUAUGUGGGAGUCUCAGGUGAUGUGUAUGAUGACACGGAAUUGGCUGAAAUGAUGCUUGCCGAUGCUUGUUUGAUACUGUACAUCAAUGAUGCCAUGGAUGGUAAUGAUGUAUUCUUUGAUAUGGGUUAUAGGUCUCUUGGAUUUGCAGGUAUGAGAUUGGUUGUCCGUGAUUUAUAUCUCCUCGAGAAUCAGAUACCUUAUUGGAUUAUCCAAUUCUUGGACAGCUUCAGACGUGGAAGAUGCCCGAGUGUGCUUACAUCUCCGCUGCCAGAACCCGUGCACCUUUUGGCGAUCCGGCAUCUAACCCUAUUCAAAAGGAGACAGAAUCAUGAAGUUAGACAACCCAAACCCGAAUUCAUCCAACUCAUCUCCUGGCUCAGAUGGAUAUCAAGGAAUCAGAAAGAAAGCACUACCGGCCACAAUUUGGAAAACUUCAGCUGUCCGCGUCGUUCGGUGAUGGAUCUCAAGGCAAAAGGCAUUCGCUUUGAGUCGAGUUCUGACUUGUUGACAGACAUCAAAUUCGAGUCGUACUGCUUUCAUGGGAAGCUUCAGCUUCCCAGUCGCCAUAUCGCGGACCAUUUCACAUACUUCAAUUCAAACAUGAUUGCGUUCGGAAUGUCUCUAGGUGCUUACACUGAGUUUGCUGUGGCAUCUUAUGUUAACUUCAUGAAAUCGCUCAUUGAAAGCCCCGACGACGUGAAGGAAUUGCAAGAAAAGGGCAUAUUUAGGACCACAUUCAGCAACGAGGAAGUUGUCCAAAUGUUCAAAGAGAUGGAUACUUAUGGACUGGACAAAAGAGAUGCUUUUCUGGAGGUGAAGAUGAGAAUUGAGAAGCACUGCAGCAACAAGGCCAAGACGUGGAUGGCUAAGCUGCUUCAUACUUAUUUUCGGAGCCCUUGGACUGUUCUUGCUCUGUUUGCUGCCAUUUUUGCGCUCGGUCUUGCUUCACUUCAAGGUUACUACGCAAUCCGUCGAGCUAAUAAAUCAUCGCCAUAAGGGAAAAACUUGAUCAUCCUAGUGCCUGGAUUUAAUCUUCUAAAGUGGUCUAGGGGUGUUGUAUGAAAAUAAAGGGAGAAUGUUGGAAACAAUGUGAGUGUUUGGAUUCAUUUUUCCGGUGUUUUGCUGAGAUAGAGACGGAAAAAGUAAAGAUAAAUAAGUUUGUGUUGGAAAUAAUGUAUGCUUUUGGAAAGUGGAUAACAGGCAA